AAGACCACCAUUAUAUUAAUCGUGCAAUAUUCGUAUUGGUAGCAAGCAGCUGCUAGCUACUAGGUAGCAAUGGUGGCUAUUAGCCCUAUGACAUCGCCGCCGUAUCCGUCCUUCCCUCUACUCUUGCUGGUGUCUUGCCUGCUGGCCGGCCACCUGCACACUUGGUGCGACGCCGCCGGCACCGCGGUCCUGCAAGCCUUAAACUGCUCGACGGCGGGCAACUACACGCCCAACGAUGCAUACGCUGCCAACCUCAACCAGAUCCUGGCCACACUCCCGGACAGCACCGUGUCCACGAAUGGCGGCUUCUUCAACGGCACGGCCGGGCUGCCUGGCGCGCCCGGCACGGCCUACGUGCUGGCACUGUGCGCGGCCGACUUUGCCCGCGCGGACUGCCGCGACUGCCUGGCAAUGGCGACAAGCAACUCCAGCGGGCUGGUGAAGCAGUGCCCCGGCAGCAGCACGGUGGUGGCCGUGUACGACCAGUGCCUCGUCCACUACUCCGACGCUGGCUUCUUCGGCACAGCGUACACGGACAUUGUGUAUAGUUGGCGCGCGAACGAAGAUGUGCCGUUACAAAACACGUACAGCGUUGCCCUGAAGCAGGGGCUUGUCUACCUGAACGCGCAGGCGGCAAGCUCACCGCAACGGUUCGCGGUGACCAAGGCGUCGCCGUACGCGCUGGCACAGUGCACCUGGGAUCUGCCGGCAGACAAGUGCCAGGCCUGCCUCGACCUCCUUGCCACCAACAUCUCUGACUUCAUGACCCUAAAAGCAACUACAGAAGCCAGGACCUAUAGCUGCCGUCUCAAGCAAAGCAACGACAGCUUCGAUGUUUUCCCGUUUGCAGAUCUCAGUCUCGGCAAACGCAACGACACUAAUGGUACAAUUAGCCAAGAACAAGGGUCCGGAUCAGGGCACCGAAGCCACCGGAAGGAGAUAACAGCGGUGGCGAGCGUGGGCGCAGUCGUUGCGGCCUCGCUGGUGGCGGUAGUGGUGGCUUGCUGCGUUCGAGGAAGGCGGGCACGGCGUAGGGGAUCCAUCACCGUUGGUGACAAGAGCAUGCAGAUCGACCAGUUGCAGGAGUAUAGAUACGAGGAGCUCAAGAAGGCCACAGGCAAUUUCUCCAAAGACACGGAGCUCGGCCGUGGAGCAUUCGGGGUGGUCUACAAGGGCACGCUUGAGAACAAGAAGGUGAUCGCGGUGAAGAAGCUGCAGCGGAAUGAAACGGUUGAGGUGGAGCAGUUCAUGAAUGAGGUACGGAUCCUGUCCGGGCUCAAGCACAAGAACCUGGUGAAGCUGGAAGGCUACUGCGUCCACCAGGCCCAGGAGGGCCUUCUCUGCUACGAGUACCUACCCGACGGCAACCUCGAGGACCGGCUGAUCCACGGCCGGCGAGGGGGCAAUCUGACAUGGAGGGAGAGGCGCCACAUACUCCAAGGCAUCUGCAGGGGCCUGCAGUACCUUCACGACGAGUCCCCGAACGAUAUCGCCAUCAUGCACAUGGACCUCAAGACCGACAACAUCCUGCUCCAAGUCCAAGAGGACAAGAAGAACGGGGGCGUCCUCAUCACCCCCAAAAUCUCAGACUUUGGCAUCUCAAGGAAUCUUGACACUGAUAAGCAGCACGAGUAUGUGAAAGAAGUCGUAGGAAACUGGAGUUGCUUGCCGCCGGAGUUCAUGGAGAGAGGGAAGGCCUCAACAAAGGUGGACAUAUACAGCUUUGGCCUAAUUAUCCUAGAGAUGGUCACUGGCAAGUCCAGAAAGUCCUCAUCCUCUUCUUCGUCUUCGUCAGACAAAUCGAACCUUUAUGGGGAAGGGCUUAUCAAACAGGUGCGCGAACAUUGGGAGAAGAAGGAUAUCGACAAAAUCAAGGAUGGAAGGAUGGACACCAAAUGCGAUGCUGAGAUAGAGAAAUGCAUCGAGAUAGCGCUGGACUGUGUGCAUGAAGAAUCAGAAAUGAGGCCUGACAUUGCAACAAUAGCUAGGAGGCUCAGUGAAGCCUCGCACGGAACAAGCAACCAAUGUCGUCCUGACCAAUUAAACUAAUUCAAUGGAAUGAUCACGAUAUCCCCACAAAAUUCAUCUGCAUCGAUCAAUGCUUGCUUCAAUGUUUAUUACCUAGCUACUGUUAUCCUACUUAUUGAGUACCGUUCUGGUUUGUAAUUCAUGCAUGUAAUCAGGAUACCGUUCUGGUUUGUAAUUUAUGCAUAAUAACUUGUUCAAUGUGAAUGUGCAACAAGAUGUGAAGUUAGGGCUUU